AUGCAGUCGAGCUUGCUAGACCAGGAGAGGGAGUUUCAGCAGGGAAAUUUGCCUGUUAAUAGUGAUACCUCUGGUGGUGCUGGUACCGACUAUAUAUCUACAUCUACCUCCAAGGGGAAAGGCAGAGAAGUGCAUAUGGGAGAUGAACGGUUCGAUUCUGCUUGGAAAUCUGCUUCUUCCAAUACUAUUCCCUCUGCAGUCACGGAACAAGAGCGGAGAGACGGCCAGGCUGUUUCGGAUCUGCUGUCGUCUGCCACCUUUGACCCGUCGUCUCUUCCGGAUAUGGACCCAGACGAACCACAGCCAGAGCCAGACAUGAGCUUUCUUACGACGAACCAGAACGGACAGCAACAACACGACAUAUCCUCUACCUCUCUAAUACCAGACAUUGACUUUGUUCUUGCUUCAUUACGUGGUAUUCCGGCCCAGUCUCAGGUAGAGCAUCUGCGUGACUUGCCCGGUGUAGCGGAGUGGUUGGACCUAGACCGGGAGUAUCAAGACGUGGUAUGGGGUUCUCUCAAGCCUGCUGUGGAAGAGGCGAGGCAGGAAGUGCAGGAGAAGCUUGAAAAGGGGGAAAAGGGGGCUGCAGUUGGGGAUGGGCCCGCUGUGGCACGCCUGAGGAUGGUGUUGGCGCAUUUAAAGGAGAAGAAGAGCAUAUAA